UCACCGCUGCCGUAUUUGCCAUGCCGCGAGAUCCAUCAACAAUAAUAACGCGGCCUCAGUAACAGCAGCGUCUCGAUCGGGUGUCGCGGAUGCUAAAUGCUUCACGACCUCAGCGGUGCCAAGAGUGCAGCAUUCGGCGACGCGUGGUAGCGAGUGAGGUCUUGCAACCCUCGCACGUUCCGGUCACUCAUCCACCCCAAUCCCUCGCACAUGGGCCAGCCUCAGCAUCAGGCGGACACCGCACAGGUGCCUGCCAUCCAGUAUGAGGAAGACACAAGCGAGUGGGAAUACGAGUAUGAUACCACCGAAACCGAGGAGCUAUAUUUCACCUUAGACUUGACCACACAUGUGCCCGAUGCUCUAGCGCGCAAGUACGACUCAGCUGCUCAGAAUCACGGGAUAUCCAAAUCUGGACAGAGCAAUGGAGACGCACAGAAUGAUAACGUCGAAGAAGGGGAUGGCAGCUCGAAGCAGCGUGCUGUGAACUCGAGACCACAAAGUAAACUCCAGAUUCUUGACCUGCAGACACGGAAUCCUCUUGUCAAGUUUGACGAUGGAGUCUACAGUUGCUACUGGAGCACCGACCUGGGAACGCAGUUUCACAUCGCUCAAGCGGGCGCGACAACACAACCACGUCGCGCGGGCACCGUUCUGGAUGUGAUUGGACUGUCACAAACCAGGCUCAUUGGCAAACCUGUCACACUGACACAAAAAAACUUCAACGCGAAUGGCAGGGCACAGAGCACUGUGCCCGAGAGUGAUGCAGCCGAUGCGCAAAGCAACGAUGGCGAUGGUCAGCAAGAAGAUGCACCGGUGCCAUUAUCGAACGAUCCUUCGCAGCCCUUGGUUAUCCCACGAGAGCUUUGCAAGAAUGCUACAGCCGAAGCUCAAGCAUCAUUCCUUGAGCGCCUAUCUCAAAUCAAGCUGAAGCGAGGAGAAACCGAUCGAGUGCCAAUGUACAGCAUCCGAAUCCAUCCUGAUCCGAAGAACAAGGAUGAACUUAGGAAACGUGCUUUCGACGAAGAAGCCGCUCGGAAGAAAGACGAGGAAGAUGCCACUGCAGAACGUCCUCGCAAACGGAGGAAGCGAUUGACAGCCGCAGAGCGAGGUAUUGUCCCGGAUCCCGCGCACCUGGCAGCUGGCAGACAAAGCAGAGAGCAGAUUGGCGCUCGUGUCGGAUUCGGGGGCUCAGCUCCGGGCUCGCUGGCAACGACAAGGAGUCGUCGGAAAACCAAAGAGCCUUCCACAAAAGAGACUUCACUUGGAGCGGAUGAGGAAACUAUCAUGGAUGACGAUGCAGAGGGAGCGGGCGCAGCACAGACAGUGGAGGAGUCCAAUCCCGAUGCUCAGACGGAAGAAAAUCCGAGCUGAAAAAAUCACGACAUUGAUUCUAACGAAGAUGCAAGGAAUGACAUAUCUUGCAAGAACAUGGCUGCAGGAACACUGCAUACACCAGGUCUACGUCCAUGUGGACGUCAAGAAUUCUUGGACAACGACUGGAGCUGUACAAGCAACACCCCUGUGUGGGCAGUCCGUCCCAGACCGCUGGGGCCUCCUUCUGCCUACUAUGA